CCGCAGAACCUGGCCGCAUUUAUCGAGCAGGCGCUGCAUGGCGCCGUUGGCAGGAGCGAGUGGCUCCGCAACAUGGACGUCGGAGAAUUACCCAGCGCCAGUACAGGCUCCUUCCUCGAGAAGAUGGCCGAGUUCCCAAGGCUGCUGGACCUGGACCCUGCGUACAGCUGGAUGGCCGACAUGGUCGAGCACUUGACCGACAACUGGAAUCGGUCGGUGCGCAGCCGCCGGGCCGAACCCGUCAGCUUGUGGAGGCGCAUAGAAACGCGCUUCUGCGAGCCCGGCGACAUCGAGGGCGGCCAUCACGGUCAGCCGGCCAGUCUGUCGCCCAGCGCGCUCCUGAUGCCGGCAUACGUGCAUGGGACGAGCGCGGCGCACCGGUUCGGCGCCCUGGGCUCGCGGGUGGCCACCCACCUGUUCCUGCUGCUGCACCAAAGUUUGCGCCGUGCGGGCGGCCACGACCAGCUGAGUCGGAGGCUCGCCUGCUACGCGCCCACUCGCGACCACCGUGAGAGCGGAACCGAGGAGGCGGCACUCGGUCUCGCCUGGCAGGCGUACCGGUCGAGCGCGCCCGAAGACACCCGUCUCGAGGGCCUGGAGCAGUUCUCGGGCGACCAGCUCUUCUUCGUCGCCUUCGCGUUCCUGCACUGCACCUCCUCCGAGGGGGUGCACGCCGAGUCGCAGCUCGUCAACUCCGCCGUGCGCAACGUGGACGGAUUCGCGAGCAGCUUCAACUGCGCCCCCGGAACCCCCAUGAACCCGGAGGCAAAGUGCAGCUACUUCUAAAGGGGCCGCGUCGGCGCGUCUCUACGCAUACGCCUACGCGCCGAGGCCGCCUUCGUGCAGGACAUUUUAUUUUAUUUUGUAUAACUGUGACAAUACAUCCCCCACACAUACGGGUGCUAUCGCGUGUUAUCGAACGGUUCGAUUCACCCAUGUACGAAGCGCGAAUAACGGAAGACAAACCUGCGGCGAAGUCUCGAAUCGGACACUCCGUAACGACGCGCAAGGUUUGCGUGUGGUUUAGUGCGCGCGCCAUCGCAAUUCGCCGACAAACGUAACGAAGCGAAAGAGCUUCUGCAACAGCGAUUCUGCAUGAUUCUCGUCUGCACUUGCCUCGUGCGGUACUGUAUAGUACAGCGCAAGCAGGAACACGUACACGCA